AUGGGAUUCAGAGGCAGCUGUGCCUGCCACUGUGGGCCCUCAGAACACAGCGGAGCUUUUAGCCUCUGAAGAAGCAAAAUCACAACUGCUUAAGAAAGUUUCCUUGCUGGAAGAAAGGCUAGAGGUUGCGGGCCAGAAGAGGAUUAGGGGACAGUCCUAUGAAAAUAUGGUUCUUGAAAAAGACAAGUACAUCGAGAAGCUGCAGGGGGAAAUAAAAGCCUCCCAAGAGAAACUUACAGCCACUUUAAAUAAACUAAAGCACAAAAAGACAGUGAAAAAGCUACAAACUGAUUUGGCAAUAGCUAAGCAAGAGGCGGCCAUUACUGUCCUGGAACUCAAUGAGAAGAUAAAGACACUCUGUGAUGGAAAGCCUUUCCCUAGAGAGUCCAACUCAGUGGAAGUGCUCUAUGGCGGUCUCCCACCUGUGGAAGAAUGUGACAGAAAGAUUAGCCUGAUUAUGGAGCUGUCCACCCAGCUUUCCCUGCAAACUGAGAAGAUCACUCAGCUCGAAGAAGUUUUAGCAGAAAAGGAACGCAAGAUUGAGGAGCUGGUUGCUAAUCGCAGUUACCAGCUGUCCCAAGAGGGAUCAAACGUUGGAGCAGACUUACAAGAAGUCCCGGUUGAAUGUGAUAAUAGGAUCAUUUCUGUGGCCUCUGAUGAGGAGUUGUAG